CUUUGCUACCCCGUGGCGCCUCUCUUCUUGGUGCAGCGUUGAGUGCGAUUUGCGUCAAAAAACCGUUCAUCACUCGCUGGCUCAACAUCGUUGCGAUCCGGGUGGUGGUUGGUUUUGAAACACAAAUCAAGGCGCAAAUAGCAGCAGCAGACAGCCGUUUGUUGGCAGCAGCAGCCAGCGAAACAAUGGCCGACAGCAAGAAGAAGUCCCGGAAGGAGCGGCAGCGCGAGCUCCGAAUGCUGGAGAAGGACAUCUCCGGCGGAAAGUCGGUGAUAGACUACGGCAAAGUCAACGAGAGACAUAUGGACGACAAGCGGUUCGAAAGAGAGCUCAAGCACAAGGAGGUGCUGCAGAAGCAGGCGGACCAGGGCGCGAGCAAGGAGUCGGAGCAGGCCCCGAGCGCGACCUACGACGCCUUCAUGCGGAUGCAGACCGGGCAGGAGACCCGCACCAUCGCGGACAAGAUCAACGACCCCAACAGAGUGUCCUGGGAGCAGUUCCGGAAGGACAACGCCGACAAGCUCGAUAUCCCCGGGGCCGACCGCAAGAAGAUGGUGGAGUACCGAGCGCAGCUGGACAAGGAGCGGGAGUCGGCGCUUGCGAAGGGCAGGAACAGGCCCAAGCGGAAGCUCGGGGUCAGCUCUUCCGAGAGCGAGGGGGAGGGGGACGACAGGAACGGCGGCGGCGGCAGUGACAGCGAGGACUGCGGCGGGUCUAGCUCUAGGCGAAAAAAGCAUAAGAGCAAGAAGGACAAGAAGAGCAAGAAGAGCAGCAAGCACAAGAGCAGGCGUAAGGGGAGCAGCAGCAAGAAGUCGUCCAAGAAGUCAUCGAAGAGAAGGAAGGGCAGCGGCGGGGACAGCGGGGACAGCUCCGACAGCGAUACAGACGCCGAUUCCGAGGAGAGCAGGAAGCGCCGCAGAAAGGACAAGAAGAGCAAGAAGAAAGAGGAAAAGGAGCCCGAGGCGAAGGGCGCGGACCCUCGGCGAUUGUCGGCGUUCCUCCAGGGAUCCUCCGGCAGCGACAGCGACUAAAAAGCGACAGCGAAUCAUCUUGUUGCGGAUUGUUCCCCGGUGUGUGCCGCUCCGCCGCCUAACGGCGCCGUUCCCAGUACCACGCCACGUAGGGCCCCUCUCCUCGUCUACCUGCCUCGCUGGCCUGCCUUCCACCUCGGCAGGCGUUGUGCCAGGAUGUGCUUGGAUGAAUGGGGGAAUAUUCAUCGGCCGCGGCGUAUGAGUCGCGUUUGCGUUCGCAGCGUGAGGCAUGCGUUUCGUUCGAGACGCCAACUAGGCCCACAAGAGCACGAUUCCAAUUUAGUCUAGGCCUAGUCGGCCGGGGGAGGGAGGUUUAACGGUGCUGUUCGCCAGGCUUUGGUUGCCAGAGCUUCGGCUGUUACGGUUUUUUCAAACAACGAAACGUGCACUGAAGCAGACCACCAACAUUUGGGUGAAGGCGCUCGUUCUCUCUCAUUAUGAUGUUCCGUUGAGAGCUCCCUGGCGCCUCAAGGGUGUGCGACGACAAGACCGGUGUAGCACUGCUGUAUCGGCUUGAGAGUUUUGGUCGUUGAUUUGGUUCCCCUCCGGAACGAAAUGCAGGUGCGAGUGUAGUGCAGGUGCGCUGUGAACCUGCGAUGCCUGACCAGAGUUGGGUGGUCCCUGCGCACAAGCUUUUCGUUGUGUUGUCUCUCGUGCCACUCUUGAGAGGGAGUGUAGAGAGAGCCACAAGCGUUUCAAGCAGAACAUGGCAGGUCAUAGAGAGACUGCCAGGAGCAGUCAUCAGCAGCAGCAUGCGGGUAACGAGUGUGGCCUGAGUGCGCCACAUCCUACGGAUUUGUGAGCAUCGCGGUCUCCAAGAGAUCAGCUUGUAUACUUAGAGACAAGCGCCCACGUCAAGUGCGGACGGUGUGGUUCUCCCCGUGUAGUUUGGGCGGUGAGUGCACACACCCGACUGUGAGAGUUGGUGUAAGAGGUUAGCGAUUAGUCAUCCGCUGUCGUCACACUCGGCGUUGGCCGUAGUACCAGGUUCGAUCGUCACAAAUAAAUGGUGCUUGUUGACAAAUAAAAUCCCAACGUGACGAUGUGUUUUGAUGCGUCAGCCACGCCGCCCAUCUCCGGUCCUCACGA